GAGACACACACGAGUGUGAGCAGUGAAGGCCCCUCCCUCAGAGAGCGCAGUGAACAUGAAACACACGAGGAAAUAGAUACAAACACAGUUCGCUGGAUUACAGUCUCUGGAGGAUUGAGGAGAAACCUGUGGACAUGCGUGUGUGCAUAUGGAGCUGUAAAUCAUAAGAAGCAUCUGUUCACACCUCAUUUGAAUAUCCACAAGCAGGAAGAGUUUUGCAGACUGCAGGAUGUUCUCGUCAGUGAAGCCGUUUGAAGGGCAGCAGUUUGCAGCCCUAAGGAAACAGUGCCAGCAGAACAGGACUCUGUUUGAAGACCCCGUCUUCCCCGCUGUGGACCAGUCGCUCUUCUCUCAAGGAAACCGCAUCGGAAGAGUCACCUGGAAGAGACCAAAGGAUCUGUGUGAAGACCCACACUUGUUUGUGAAUGGGAUCAGCGCUCAUGACCUGCACCAGGGGCAGCUGGGAAAUUGCUGGUUUGUGGCGGCCUGUUCCAGUCUGGCCUCCAGAGAAGCUCUGUGGCAGAAGGUUAUCCCAGAUUGGAAGGACCAGGAAUGGGACAAGCAGAAACCAGAGAGCUAUGCUGGGAUUUUUCACUUCCGAUUCUGGCGUUUUGGAGAAUGGGUGGAUGUUGUUAUCGAUGACCGACUGCCAACCGCAAACGGGCAGCUCAUUUACUGCCACUCCAACGACAGUAAUGAAUUCUGGAGCGCGCUGGUGGAAAAAGCCUAUGCCAAGUUAUGUGGAUGUUAUGAGGCGUUGGAUGGCGGAAACACGGCCGACGCGCUUGUGGAUUUCACUGGUGGAGUAUCCGAACCCAUGGAUCUGCUGGAAGGGAAGUUCAACCAGGAAGAAGAGACCCGAAAUCAACUAUUCGAGCGCGUUUUGAAGGUCCACAACAGAGGAGGCCUGAUCAGCUGCUCCAUUAGAGCGACAACUCAGGCAGACAUGGAAGCCCGUUUAGACUGCGGCCUGGUCAAAGGUCACGCGUAUGCGGUGACCGACGUGCGUAAAGUGCGACUAGGCACCGGCCUUAUGGCGUUCUUCAAAUCUGAGAAGCUCUCCAUGAUCCGCAUGAGGAACCCGUGGGGUCAGAGAGAGUGGAACGGAGCUUGGAGCGACAGCUCAGAGGAAUGGCAGAGAGUCAGUAAGAGUGAGCGAGAGAAGUUGGGUGUGACUGUGCAGGAUGAUGGCGAGUUCUGGAUGGAUUUUGAGAAUUUCUGUAAGUAUUUCACAGACCUCAUUCUGUGCCGUUUGAUUAACACGUCGUACCUGAGCAUCCACAAGACCUGGGAGGAGGAAGUGAUGCGGGGCUCCUGGUCUCGCCACGACGACCCAUUAAAGAACCGAUCGGGAGGCUGCAUCAACCACAAAGCCACUUUCCUCCAGAACCCACAGUAUGUGUUUGAUGUGACGAAGCCAGAGGACGAGGUUCUGAUCUGCUUACAGCAGCAGGACAAGCGAGCUCUAUCCAAAAAUGGGAAAGGAGACAACAUAGCCAUCGGCUUUGACAUCCAAAAAGUCGAGCUCAACCGGACAUACCGCAUGCACGCCAUCCAGAAAACGGUGGGCAGCUCCAUCUACAUUAACUCCCGCAGCGUGUUUUUGCGCAAGGACCUGAAAGAGGGCCGCUACGUCAUCAUUCCCACGACCUUUGACCCCAGCCUGCAGGGAGACUUCCUGCUGCGUAUCUUCACAGAUGUACCUGCCGCCUUCAAGGAGCUGACAUUAGACGAGCCGAUCCACACCUGUUGGACGGGGUGUUGUGGGUAUCCAAAGCUGGUCACACAGGUGCACGUCCACAGAGCAGACGGACUCAAGGCUCAGGAUUCAGAUGGAUCAUCUGACCCGUACGUCAUCAUCAGCUGUGAGGGAGAGAAAGUUCGUUCUGCGGUGCACAAAAACACCCAGAGCCCAGACUUUGACGUGAAGGCCGUGUUCUACAGGAAGAAGCCGAAAGAGCCGAUCCGCAUUCAGAUCUACAACCACAACCUUCUGAAGGAUUCGUUCAUGGGUCAAGCGGUGUUGAACGGCGACCUGUCCGACCUGCAGCAGCUUCACACCGUUCACCUGCGCGACAAAGGAAACCGGCAGAACAGCGACCUCUCGGGUCUGGUCUCGGUGAGCCUCACUACCAGCGAGGUCCUGACCAACAUCUGAGCGUUUUACGGUGACCAUAGCGGGUUUUCAGCACGUUCGGUGUCAGUGGUUAAUCGGAGAGUACUUUAAACACUUACUGUGGUGUAUUACACUUAUAUUUACAUGAUCUUUAUCUUUUUGGAAUCCUAUGGGAAUGUUUCUUGGAAGCAAAUUUAAAUGUUUACAAGCACUUUUUACAACAUUGAAAGCCAAAAAUGAAAUUCUGUCAUCAAGUUGUUUCCUUCUUCUGUUGAGCUUUUUAAAAGAUGCUUUGGUGACUAAACAGUUGGCGGUAGCCACUGACUUCCAUAGUAGGGGAAAAAAAUACAAUGGAAGUCAAUGGGUACCGUCACCUGUUUGGCUACCAACAUUAUUUACAAUAUCUUCUUUUGUGUUCAACAAAAGAAUAAAAACCCAAACAGGCUUGGAACAUCUUGAUAGUGAGUAAACGAUAAUAGAAGUAUCAUUUUUGGGUGAACUGUCUCUUUAAAUGUGUCAUUUUCUGGUAUUAUGUGCUUUCAAUUGGAAAUUCAUAUAUAUCAAGAUAUUGUAGGACGUGCAUUUAUAUCAGUAUAUACGAAAUAACAUGCAGUAUAUGCAUAUAUCUAAUACCACUAUAUGUCGUUAUGAAUUUCAGUUUUAUAUUCUGUAUGUUAUCAUAAUUUAACCUAAAAUGGAGGGUUAAGGGCUUCUAGUGUUUAAUCUCUGUUUACACUACUCGUUUAAAUAUGGAAGGCAUUCCUAUUGUAUUUUUCUCUUUCAAAUAUUUGCCAUAAUCUUGACCACAUGUUGAUUUUUAUGUUUUAUCAAGCUUUUGUUAAAGGAAACAUUUCUACAUAUGAUGAGGUAUUUUAUCCAUUGUUUUCAUUUAUGUUUAACAUGGUGUUUGAAGUAAAUAUAAACCAUACAGACGUGUACAUUUUAAACAUUGACUAUAUAAAUGAUCUCAUAAAUAUUGUUUACUUUUAUUGUCCACACAGUGUAAAGAGCAGUUAUGACCACUAGGUGUCAGUAUCUCAACAGAGUAAGAAGCAGGUUUUUGGCUUUUUUUUCUUUUUCCAAGUGAUAAUAUGCCUAAAAAUACAUUUAUAUAAUGUACAUUACAUAAAUAUCAGUUUUCUGCCUCUUCAUACAAUGGUAAUAGUCACAAACUUGAAAAAUGAAAAUGUCAUCAUAAAGCCAAAUACAAAAUGCCAAAACACUUAUUGGAUGUGAACUACAUCUGUGCCAUUUUACAAUCACUAUGAAUUGUUUUUAUUUGUUCAUUAUUUCUCUGUUUCUUUGCGUGUAAUGCCUGUUGUUUACAUAUGAAUAGAUGUGCCUUAUUAGAACGGGUAAAAUAGCCAAAGAAAUCUUCUAUCAUAUUCUGUGAUGUAUUUUUUUGUAUAUUGCGAUUGUGUUUUUCCUCACUGUUUCGCAUGAUGAAAUAAAGUUUAAUAGAAUGUUCA